AAUAACCCUGAAAUCAUCAUGAUUGGAAUUUUAAUACAUUUGACAAUGACAUUGGGCAGCAUUUAAAUAGUAAAAUUGAUUCUAUAUCUGAUGCUCUCGAGGAUGAAUGCUCUAAAAAUAUAGUGAAAUGUAAAAUAUAACAACAAAUUACACAUCAGAAUAUGUCAACAUUGUAAAGAAGAAAAUAUUGAUGAAAUUCGUAGAAAGUCUCUCAAACAGUAUAAAUGUUCUUUGUAAGGUUGGGUACAUCAUCAGUUCACAACAAUCAAUCUGUCAAACCGCAUUCUAAGCACUAAAGAACUAAAAUGUUUAAGGUCAUCGUUCUGGUUGUCUGUUUAACUGUUGUUGCCGCCGCACCAUACUACGGAGGACAUUACAAUCAUCAUCAUGAGGAUUACCAGCAUUCGCACCCAAAAUACAAAUUCCGAUAUGGUGUUAAGGAUGGGUACACCCAUGAUCACAAGAGUGCCUGGGAACACCGUGACGGAGAUGUGGUGAAAGGACAGUACACUUUGGAUGAAGCGGAUGGUACCCAUCGUGUGGUUGAUUACAGCUCGGACCAUAAGGGAGGGUUCCAGGUUCAUGUUCAACGCAACGGACACGCUCGUCAUCCACACGGAGAAAGCUACGUGAAAAUCGACCAACAUUAUUAAUUUAUGAAAAAAAAAACUACUAAAUCAUAUUGCUUUGAUGCAACUUGUACAAAUGUAAAU